AUGUUUGUGCGACAACAAUUGGUAUUGAAAUUUUCAUCUUUAGUUAAUAAACUUUAUUAUCGCACCAUGAAAAUCCGUCAUUUCAAUGCAUUAAAAGAUAAUUAUAUGUAUUUAAUAACUGAUGAUAAAACAACAGAAUGUGCAGUUGUUGAUCCAGCUGAACCAAAGGAAUUAGUUGAAACAAUUAAAAAAGAAGGAUUAAAAUUAACAACUAUUCUUACAACACAUCAUCAUUAUGAUCAUGCUGGUGGUAAUAAUAAAAUGCUUGAAUUAAUGGGUGCAGAAAAAGGUCAAAUAAAAGUAGUUGGUGGUGAUGAAUCAUUACAAGGUCUUACACAUCUAGUACAAGAUAAUGAAAAAAUUCAGAUUGGAGAACUUGAAGUUACUUGUUUAUUAACACCUUGUCAUACAGCUGGUCAUGUUUGUUAUCUCGUUACAGAUAAACAACAACAAGCUGUUUUUACAGGCGAUACUUUAUUUAUUGGUGGUUGUGGUAAAUUUUUUGAAGGUUCAGCAGCACAAAUGCAAUCAAGUCUUCAAAAAUUAGCAGGACUUGAUCCAAAAACCCUUGUCUAUUGUGGUCAUGAAUAUACGAAAACAAAUCUUGAAUUUGCUGCAACUGUUGAACCAGAUAAUCAAGAUUUAAAAGCUAAACAAGCAAGUUUAAAAUCUGUUACAAUACCAUCAACAAUAGGUGAUGAACUCAAAUUUAAUCCAUUUAUGCGUACAAAUCAAAAAAGUGUACAAGCAUUUACUGGUAAAGCUGAUCCAAUUGAAUGUAUGGGUGAAUUACGUGAAAGAAAAAAUAAAUUUUAA